AUGUCUUCUCCAUCACAGCCCCACCCGAAUCUGGCGCUGCUGGUGGCCGGCCACCAUAAUCUCGCACUACCGUCAGAUCCCGUUUGCGAUACGGUAUUCAAGCGAUAUAUCGCGCUUUCUGUCAAACCAAUUGACAUUGUCCAAGUAUUAUACAACUACGGCAAAGAAGACCAGCGAAACAUCAUACCGUUGGCCCAAGAUGAAACCGUCUACGUGAUGUCCAAAUCAACGUCUGGAUGGUGGGAUGGCAUAGUGUUCAAAGAAUCUACUACCGGGGCUUCUUCUCCCACCCCAAUCCGCGGGUGGUUCCCCAAAUCUUUCACCAAACAGACGAAUUUGCUACAAUAUAUUAAAAGUCGAUUGGAUGAUGGUGCUGAAAAUCAACUACCACAACCACCAGCACAAGAUGUCAAUGAUACCGGAUCGAUAUCAAAAGAAAGUCUCCGAUCUUCGACUUCGGACAUUGCCCUUUCGAAAUCUAAUAAUAAAGGCCUGGUGACCACCCAGAAUCUUACAAGAACCGCAUACUCGACCGCUUCCAGCAACAACAACACCCAGGAUUCGCUAUUGAACGCAUCAUCCAACCUCGAAUUCAACAUGUCGCUGUCAGGAAGCUCGAAUUCAAAGAUCUUGUCGUUGAAAGAGGCCAAGAGAUUGGUGUUACUGACCUUUGGCAACGAACCGAUAUAUUGGUUACCGCAAAUGGGGCCCGAGGGGAAAACCCUUUUUUAUAACGCUGAUUUGGAUAUUUAUUGCGAUGAAUUACCAUUCACCUCGGGGGAAUCCAAUUCUAAAACCAACAAUUUUAGCCAUCCUUCAAGCCCGGUAAUGUUAUCAGAAACUUCCCACAAUAAUAAUAAUAAUAAUAAUGAUAAUAUUAAUGAUAAUAAUAAUAAUAAUAGCCAAACACAUAAUGACGAAAUAUCAAAGACAGAUUCAGGAAAUCUCUCUAGCAGUAUCCAUAGCAAUAACAAUAAUCAUAACAAUAGCAGCAAAAGAAGUCAAAAGUUUGUCAAUUUCUUCAAGAAAAAACCAUUGGGCCACCAUCACAAUAAUAAUAACAAUAACGAACAUCAUCAACCUCAAUCGAUUAUCGACGAUAAAAAGUUCAGACGCAGUACCACCAACGCUACCGUGCCCACAAAACAAUCAAACCCUCCAUCGAUUUUCACUCUCAAUAAUCCCAGCCUCAAUAAUUUAAAAGAUACCAAUUUUUCCAGCCCGAUGCUCGAAAGAAAUCAUAACAAUAGUACCACCAGCACCGCAAACACUUAUACUGCCAAUAAUAGCGUCACCGGAAACAAUAACGUUGAUGGGCUUUCGGUCACCAGCAGUAAAAAACUCUCGCACAACAUUUUUGAGAUGUCAGAGUUUUUCAUCCAGAACACCACCGAUCUCACGUCAUGGGACGAAUAUAAAGACACGUUAUACACAUUAUUGGAUAAAUGUUUGAAAUGUUUAGUGGAAAAUGACAAACAGGGGUUCAAUGUGCUUUUCAACAUGGGCACCAAGUUAAUCACCUUGAUCCAUUUGACCACAAGAUUAUAUCAAGACAAAUUGGUGCAAUUCGGGUUUGAAAUGCAGAUCAAAAAGCGAUUACACAAGAUUUCUAGAUCGGUAGCACAAAUCAUGGUCAAUGGUAAUUUAUAUUUGAAUUUAAAAGAUUUGGAACUGGGUCCAGAUAAUAAUGAGCUUGAGGAUACCCAGGCCACCAACGCCAGUGAAUCGGUAUUUGGGGAUUACCACAGCGCGGAAUUUGAUAAUUUUGAUUAUGAAGACGACGAAUUCUUCAAAAUGUCCACCAAUAAUAGCAAUGCCAACACUGGCCCCAAUAGUAUUCCUGCCAGUUUAUCAUCGGCUCCUGGCGCCGUUAAUACCACAGAAAUCACUAAUAAAGUGUUGGCCGCACAAUUAGAACAAGGUAACGAAUUUGAUUUGAAGAAGGAUUUUGACAAAUCUUCCAGCUCAUCAUACUUGGGAGUGGUGAAGAUUGAAAUUAAAGUUUUGAAGAGACAUAUCAUGGGAUGCUAUAAAGUAUUCAAGAAAUUGGCGUACAAUGCCGGGAAUGAAAAACAAUUCAAAAUCCCCCAACUCUAUCCACGAUUCGUCACCGGGUUCUUUAGUGGAGGAAGCUGGCAAAACCCGUUUUUCGACGAAAUUGAAUCCUUGCCAUUACAACCGCAACAAUCUGCGAAAAAGAAGUUUUCCAUUAAUUCGACCACCAGCUCAUUAGAAAACUCUACGGUAAUGGAUGAUCUAGUGGCCAAACGUAAAGAAUUGGCGAUCAAGGAUUUUCAACAACGAUGCAAAAAAAUUGUGAAUUUAUCGAAUGAAAACUUGUCGAUUUUGACCGUGAAGGUAAAAACCUUAUUUGAUAACCUCGAUGAUAUUUUGGCGUACUUCCACAUGGAUAUCGGAGACCAACAUGACAAUCAUACUUUCCAUAACAACCGACUCUAUGAAAAACGGAAUUUCCAUAUCAUUUCCUCGGUAUAUCGUGCGUUGACGUUGACCACCUUAAUCAUGGAUAUUUUUGAAAGCUUUGAUAUCAGUACCUUUAAUAACCCGGUGUUAGAAAAAGAGGAUAAUAGUGCUAAACUGAUCAGUAGCAGCACCAAUUACAAUUAUAGCAUCUUAUUUGGCACCAACAGUGGAGGCACCAACAGUAAUGGGAUUGUUUCCAUCACUUAUCCGAUUUUGAUCGAAUUCUUUGAAGUUAAACAAGAUUUACACAAUACCCUUAGUGAUUUGAUUAUGGAUUCUCAAUCAUUGACGUCUCAAGACCCUUCGGCGUUUAAAUUCGACAGUUUUCAAUCAAUGGGUAGUUCCGCCAAUAAGAAUCUUUCAAGCAGAAGGGCGACGAUCGAUGAUAUGGCCCAAGAUUUAAAAGAGUUGUUAAUUGCCAACGGCGAUAUUUUCCGGGGUGAGGAGCCUCCAGAAGGAGUGCUAACCACCAACUUUGAUAAAUCGAUCCAGCAUUCCAUUGGGAGGAUCAGAGACGAUUUGAAUAUUUUGUUGAUUAUUAUUGGACAGCUUAUUGAUGAAAAGGAGAACUUGAUCAAUUACACCGAAAGAGUGAUGCACAAUACCAUGCACACCAGUGAUUAUGAACCAGAACGUCGUCUUGAUCUUAGUGAUGAAGGAUACCUUAUUGACGAUGAGAAAUUAUCCAAGAAUUUCAACCUUGCCGGACCAAAUAAACGGAAAAAGGCCGAAGAAGUCCCAUGGUAUUUGGAUUCCGACGAAGAAUACGACUUGUAUUAUGACGCACGCGGGGAAAUUAAAGGGGGUACCAAAGAAGUGUUGGUGACCCAUUUGACCAAUCAUGAGAAUUUCGACCCUCGGUACAAUAAAGUGUUUCUUAGUACGUUUAGAAGUAUGAUGACCCCAGGGGAAUUGAUUGAUUUCUUGAUUGCUCGGUUUAAUAUCCAACCUCCCGAAGGAUUGAGUUUUGAAGAGUAUGACGUGUGGGUGAAAAAGAAGGCGUAUCCGAUCCGUCUUAGAUGCGUGAAUAUUAUGAAGAUGCUAUUACAGAAGUAUUGGAUCGACACUUAUUCCAGAGAUCGCAAAUCGUUGGAAAAUUGGCUCAAAUUCACCCAAAAAUUGAUCGAUCAGAAAUUCCCCUCGUCAAAAAUCAUUUACGAAGAAAUUAACGCCCGAUUACAAGGAAGAAUGUUUUCUAGAAGAGGGGCCAGUGGGAUGGGGACCAAUAUUGCGUUUAGUGUGGUGCCGCCGCCAUCAGAACCGGCGCCUAAACCGAUUUUGCCAACGAUUUCCAAAAACCACAAGAAUUUGCGACUUUUUGAUAUUGACCCGGUGGAAUUUGCUCGACAAUUGACGGUGAAAGAUUUUGAAUUGUAUUCGCAAAUCACGUUAUUGCAAUGCCUUGAACGGGUAUGGAAAAAUAAGUACGGAUCGUUUGGAGGGUCGAAACAUAUUGCGGAAUUCAUUAAUAAUUCUAACCGGUUGACCGAUUAUGUUUCGUAUAUGGUGUUGAGAAAACAUGACAUUAGCAAACGGGCGAAAACCAUUCAUUUUUUCAUUGAGGCGGCAGAAAAUUGCCGGAAAAUCAAUAAUUUCAGCGCGAUGACCGCGAUCAUUAGUGCGUUGGCCAGUUCGCCAAUCCAUAGAUUACGGAAAACCUGGUCGCUAAUCAAUGAUGAAUCCCGCCAACGGUUGGAUUUGAUGAACAAAAUGAUGAACCCCAAACGGAAUUUUUACGAAUAUCGAGAAAUGGUCAAAUACGUUACCGGAGUGCCGUGUGUGCCGUUUGUCGGGGUUUAUUUGACCGAUUUGACGUUUAUUGCCAACGGUACCCCCGAUUAUUUGAACGGUGAUCCUAACGUGAUCAAUUUCUAUAAACGGUCCAAGAUGGAAUCGAUCAUCAGUAAUAUCUUGGCAUUCCAAGCCAUCAGUUAUUCGUUUAAGAGGGUGGAAUCGAUCCAAGAAUUCAUUAUUAAAGGUUUCAAAGAAUACCCAUCGCCAGAUUCGCAAUACCAAAUCUCGUUAAUUUUAGAACCUCGGGAAAGUGCCAGUAGUCAACUUAACAACAUCAAUGCUUUGCGGGCCGCGAAAUUGAACACGAAAAUCACCGAUAGUGGGGCGCAAAACGGUAAAAAAAAUUCGGUGUCCAGUGCGUUUUCUAGCACGUUUUCCGAAGUAUCGGUGGACAAUUCUUCUUCGACCACCGCCAGUAAUACCGUGGAAAUGAAUCCUGGCGGGGGUGGUGUUGUUAUAGGGGGGCAAUUGCCGACGUUGAACGAGAUUCUCAAUAUGAACAUGACCGAUGAUGAUAUGCAGAAAUUCAAAGAGUAUUUCAAUAAUGAUGAUGAAGAUGAUAGUUCGGAAGAAGGCAGUAGUGAUCAUGACACCGCCGAGGCAGCAGAGGGGGAGCAGUAUCAGGAGUAUGAACCGUACGAUGAAGAUAAUGAGGAUGAGGAUGUUAAUAAGUUGAGGCUCAAGAUGGCAGGCAUUUAG